AUUACAAAAAUGGAAAACUUGAAUGUAAAUACGAUUAAACAUCGGCAAGGAAAAUCGCUGAGGAGCUCGGAUAAACAAAUAGUAUUAAAUUUGUUUAAUUCUUUAACUGAAACGAAUCCAGAAGUCUGCGUGAAGGAUUUAGUGAAAAUGGUAGCACAGACAACAGGGAUAUCAGAACGGAGCAUUUACAGAAUUCGUAAAGAAUAUUUUACUAAUGGUAAAGUAAUAACUCCUUCGAAAACCCGUAAGCGUACUCAACUCGUUGACAAAUAUGACGAAUUCACAAAAUGUGCCAUUAGAGGUAAAGUACACAAUUUUUAUUUUUUAAACGAAUUACCUACUGUAGAUAAGGUAUUACAGGCUGUUAAUGACGAUCCAGAUUUACCAGACUUUACUCGAUCUACGAUAUAUAAUUUGUUAAAAUUACUUAAUUUUAAAUAUACGAACCGAAACAGAAAUAGUAGAUUAAUUGAAAGAGACGAUAUCAUUUUAUGGCGAAGACAAUAUCUACGAAAAAUAAGAGAAAUGCGUUCUUUAGGCCGUAAAAUUUACUAUUUGGACGAAACAUGGAUUAAUGCGGGCCAUACCAAGAAUAAAGUAUGGAAGGAUUGUUCAAUUACGUCUUAUCGCGAAGCUUUUAUGUCUGGACGAUCUACUGGAUUGAAAAAUCCUUCUGGAAAGGGGAAACGAAUAGUUGUUGUUCAUAUAGGCAGCAAUACAGGUUUUCUGAAUGGUGGUCUGUAUGAAUUUGAAUCAAAGUCGACAAAAGAUUACCAUGAAGAAAUGGAUAGCAAUAAUUUCAAAAAAUGGUUUGAAAAAAUAUUAUCAAAAUUAGAAAGUAAUGCUGUUGUUGUCAUGGACAAUGCUCCAUAUCACUCAGCUAAAAUUGAGAAGAUUCCAAAUUGUAGUUGGAAAAAAGCUGACAUAAUUUCUUGGUUGGAAAAAAAUAGGGUUCGUCAUAACGACAAAAUGUUGAAAAUAGAACUUUUGGAUAUUGUUAAAAAAAUAAAACAUAAAUACGAUAAAUAUAUUAUUGACGAAAUGGCCAAAGAAAUAGGUAUCGACGUGUUACGUUUACCUCCGUAUCAUUGUAAUUUAAAUCCUAUUGAAUUGAUAUGGGCAGAUAUGAAAGGUUACAUCGCACGUCACAACACAACAUUCAAACUGUCGGAUGUGCGAAUUUUAAUGAAUGAAGCUAUCGAACAAAUAAAUGAAGAACGAUGGAGAAAAUGUAUUGAACAUAUAGAAAAAGAAGAACAACGAAUGUGGGAACUUGAUGAGAUUUCAGAAACUGUUGUAGAAAAACUGAUUAUUCAGUCUAACACAAGUAGUGACGAAAGCGAUAUAAAUGAUUACUUUGAGCAACUAUGUUCUGAUACAGAUGAUUAAUAAGGUAAGUUUACACUAUAAUUAUUUUAAAAAAUUUUUAUUUAUAUAAAUAUAACAUAGAUAAAUUCAUACAUGUUUUCUGUAAGUCUUAAUAAUAUAUAUUUAAUAAUAAUUUUUGACAAACUAUAUUUAAACGAUGGAAAUAAUUUAAACGGCUACGUAAAAAUGUUAAAGUAAGCUAUAAUAACUUUUCUAAGUAUUGUAUUAUCUCGGUAAUUUUUAAAUUGUUGUGACAACUUUGACCUACUUUAACACGUGCAGAGAAAGGGGCUUAACUGGUCAACACGUGUCGAGCCACUUCCGAUUGUGAUUUGACCAAUGAAAAUCUUCGGCGGAUUAAUACGACAGAAUCUUUGUGUUUACAGUAGCUGCCAAGUUAGUAUAAAUAGACUAUAGUUAUUUUCCAAUGGCAGAAAACUGAUAUAAUGCAAUGGAGCCAAUUCAGGUAUUUAAAAGAAUGUGCUAGAAUCUUGUUGGUGUGGGAAGACAGCAAGAAAGUAUGGGAGAUGGAUUAAUGUGCCUUCAAAAUGCCUUGGAGCUUAUUGCCAUUCUUAGGCCUGAUGAUGUAGAACAUCAAUUGCUACUUGCUUGGGUAUAUCUAUAUAUGAACAUUAAUCAUUAAUGCAUAUGAAAUUGAAACUAUAUGCAAUCUUUUUGGUAAAAAGUGGCAAAAUAAAUGUACAAAAUGUUCUGUAAAAAGUACAA